CAGUUUGUCAGUUUCUUAAAGGCUGAGAGAGAAAGAGAGAGAAAAAAAACCCAAUAGGGGCUAAUGGGCGAAGGAGCCACUGCAACUUCCUCUUCAGUUCUUCUUCCGAGUUCUCUGCUUUGUAUUCUUGUUGUCCCCAAACGGUGUCGUUUAUAGUUGCUGCUGUUGCUGCUAAUGUGUCCUUUCCAACCUGCAUUGUGAUCUAUCUCUCUUUCUCUCUCUGGAUCCAACUCACUCAGGUCCUGCAAAUCUCUCUCUGUUUUGGCUCUAAAGAACCAACAUUAUGGAGCAAUAUGAAGUUCUGGAGCAAAUUGGGAAAGGGGCUUUCGGUUCUGCCCUUCUUGUCAGGCAUAAGCAUGAAAAGAAGAAGUAUGUGUUGAAAAAGAUUCGUCUUGCUCGCCAGACUGAUAGAUCACGAAGAUCUGCACAUCAGGAGAUGGAGCUCAUUUCUAAAUUCAAAAAUCCAUUUAUUGUGGAGUAUAAAGAUUCUUGGGUUGAAAAGGGUUGCUAUGUAUGCAUAAUAUUAGGUUACUGUGCUGGAGGAGACAUGGCAGAAGCUAUAAAAAAGGCCAACGGUAUUCUUUUUCCUGAAGAGAAAAUCUGUAAGUGGCUUGUUCAACUGCUCAUGGCACUCGACUAUUUGCACAAGAAUCAUAUUCUUCAUCGUGAUGUCAAGUGUUCUAAUAUCUUCUUAACAAAAGAUCAAGAUAUACGCCUGGGUGACUUUGGACUUGCAAAAAUGUUGACUUCAGAUGAUCUUGCCUCUUCUGUUGUGGGAACUCCUAGCUAUAUGUGUCCUGAACUUCUUGCUGAUAUACCUUAUGGUUCCAAAUCAGAUAUUUGGUCUUUGGGAUGCUGCAUAUAUGAGAUGACUUCUCAUAGGCCUGCAUUUAAAGCAUUUGAUAUACAAGCACUUAUUACCAAGAUUAAUAAGUCUAUAGUGGCUCCCCUUCCAACAAAGUACACUGCUGCAUUUCGAGGCCUUGUUAAAACCAUGCUUCGAAAAAAUCCAGAACUCAGGCCAAGUGCAGCAGAGCUGCUCCGUCACCCAGUUCUUCAGCCUUAUGUUCAAAAGGUUCAUCUCAAAAUCAAUAGCCCCAAUUAUUUGAAGAAAACUAGAUUUUCUGAGGUAGAAGAUGUUAGAUACUCAACAUACCAGGAAAAGCGGCGUACAUUAAGCAAUGAUAGGACAUUGAAUCCUAGUAUUUCUGGAGGUGAGCAAGGUUCUCUGUGCUCUGCUCAAGACAUGAAUGAAAAAUUCAAUUAUCUGAAUCAAGAAUUUGCUGGAUCGUCUGUUGGUGUCACCCAAAAAAAGGUAGCCACUCGCAAACAGUCAUUUGCUUCCAAAACUUCAAGUAAUGUCCACACUCAGCGAAGUACUCCAGCAAAAUCUUCUGCCACUUCAAAGAGAUGGAUGGAGCCAAAGAAUCACUCAUCGAUUCCUGUUUCACGCACUCAGGACAAAGCAGUAACUACAACUCGCAGAGCAUCAUUGCCAUUCUCAACAAGACCUGCGAUUCAGAAACAAUUCUCUUUCCGGCCUAGUGUUGGUGUCCUACACUGUAUCAAAUCUCCUGAUGUCUCUGUCAAUUCCCCUCGAAUUGAUAGGAUAGCUGAAUUCCCAUUAGCAUCAUAUGAAGAAGAAUUGUAUGAAGAACAAUUUUUGCCUACCCGCAGAGGCUCUCCAACCUCUGUGCAAGGCUCAUCUGGCUCCCCACAAUCUGGUGACCGUUCAAUCAUGAAAGACAAGUGCACAGUUCAGAUAUUUGAUAAAGCCUCUCGCAGGCUUAGUUUCACAGGUGCAUGGCAGGGAAUUGACCGCAGCAUGUUUCAAGUUGACAGAGAAAACCGAAGUGAUGCAUGUUCUGAUCAAAAUGCAACUGCUGGAGCAUCAAGCCGGACCUCAUCAGACACACGCCGCCGAUUUGACACCUCUUCAUACCAGCAAAGGGCUGAAGCUUUGGAAGGGUUGCUUGAGUUUAGUGCAAGGUUACUCCAAUACGAAAGGUAUGAAGAGCUUGGGGUGUUGCUGAAGCCUUUUGGUCCCGGGAAAGUUGAUCCUAGGGAAACUGCUAUAUGGUUAACUAAGAGCAUCAAGGAAAAUACUGUCAAACAAGAUGAUGAGAUUAUUUAGUUACAAAACAUCUAAUGAGCUGAUGCCAUGCGGUCUGGAAUGUAUCAUAUUUCUGACAAGUAGGUUUUGUAGUUCUGAGGUUUUGUUCUGAGUUUUCUCAAGAGGAGUUAGGCAUCUAGUCAGAUGUUCAUUUGUAGGCUCUAAUCUCAGACUAGUCAUCACUGUGGACUCAACUUAGUUUGAGAAACAUCAUUGGUUAAUUAAUGGUAAUAUCUCAUUGUAUUA